AAUUUAUAUUUCUGAGAUCCAUUUUAAUCUUGUAAGUGAGAGAAUUACCAUUUGUAGGUAUUUUAAAAUGUUUAUUAUGGAAAUAUAGGAUAAACCUCAGCUGCAUCAGACUCCCUUCAGAGUACCUGAGAUAAACUAAUAGCAAAAAAUUAUGUCAAGGUUAUGCACUAUUUCUGUGUACAAAUUGCUAUGCUUGCAAGAGUCUUGCUCAGCUUUAAGAAUAAGACUUUGAAUUUUGUGAUUCCAUUGGAGACAGCAGAAGGACAUAAAGGAGGCUGAUCUCUAAUAAAUGACAGCAUUCAGCAGCUGCUCAAUUCCCUGAGGAAGGAAGCAGCAACAAUGGGCUACAAUUACAUUCUGAAUCUGCUAACCACCUUUAAUUGGUCAACAACUCAGUUUUUCUAGUCCAGAGAAGUGAAUGCCUAAUCCCUUGCAGGCAGCAAUUAAGUCCUUCUCUAUAGGAACAAGAUUUCUUAUGACUCAGAUGUACACGAACAAACAAAAAAAAAGAAUGUCAGAGAUUGAAGUUUUUAAAAAGACCUUGAGAUACUAGCUUGAAGAUAUCUUUCUUCUGAGAAAUUCUGGCUUAUAUAAACCUCUUGUGCCAUUAUACAAGAUGUAGACUCAGGAAGUUUAGCAAGUUCUCAUUGUGGUACAUGCCAUGCUCAGGAGAUAAGCAGAGAUAGGAGGCACCAGAUGUGGAAUUUCAGUAUGCUUCGUUAGCAGCUUGAUGUGUGACCAGAGCAGACUGAUACAUAAUGAAGCAGCAAGAAAAGGAAAUUUAGAGAAAGUGUGUAGUCCCAGUUAUCAGGAGAACUGGUAAAUCCUGUCAUUAACAGUGCUAUCAUAGAUGAAUCUCAUCUGUUUCAUGCAGAGAGAAUAAUGAGAAUCAAUAUGUCUGGAAAAUAGGGGCCUAUACCUCCAGAUAUGGUUUGGGUUUGUAUCUGGCAGAUAGAAAGCUAUGCUGCUUAUGGAAAAAAAAACAACCAACCAAACAAGAAAACCCCAACUCAUGAAAACCUCAACCCUCAAAAACCCAACAAAAAUAAAUGCCUUAAUUUAGACACCUGCAGGGUAUCAAUGUCAAAGUGCAGACAACCUGGUCACGAGUAACAAAAUGUGAAACAAUCUUAAAGGGGAGGAAAAGAGAAAAAUUUUGCUUUGAUGAUAGCACUUAUUUUUCCUCUUGUUUCUAAAGGCUAGUCUUAAAAACCAUGAAUGUGAUGAAUGUGUUGCAUUUGUAAAUAAGGUGUGGCAUAAAAACUUAUAAUGCAGCUUCAUUAUAUGAUAAGAGUGAAAUGUGUUCCCUGUGGAGAAAAAUCAAUACUAAAGAUCAAAGGAAUAUCUUCAAAAGUACUUGCUUUAAGGGUUUACAAGUGCUGUAUUUCCUUGUUCCCCUCACAUUGAUGAAAAGGAGAUCCUGUAAAAAUGUUCAUUAUUGGAGAAAAAUGUAUUUUUUUUUCCCAAUGAGAAAAUGCACAUUUCACGUGGGUAAUCCAGUGGCCUGCUGCCUUGGAAGCAGAUAUUUUAAAAGUCUCUUUUAGCUUCAUUUCAUACUAUUGCUAAGAAUUGAGAGGCCCUUUUACAUGAUGGGUUGGGAAUACUGCAGGCUUCGUUCUCUAGCAGAGGGAAGGAUGGUUGGGCAACAAACCAUCUAGAAAAAGUUUCAUCUGCUCCUCAGAAGAUACUUGCUCCACAGAAGGGUAGAUGGUAUGUACAUUGCCCAGGGAGAGUUACUUUAAACCACAGCUUUGCCUCUGCAUAAUUUUGCCAGUGGGGUUUGUCCAAAUAUGAAACAACAUGUUCUCUUGCCAGAUCCACCCACCCAGGGGAUUUGAGUUGCUGACUGUGAGUGCUAUUCAGAGGGUGACUCAGGCCAUGGUAAGGUGAAUUUGGACCUGUAUCUCCAACGUAGAUACCCAAGAGUCUGGAAAAACUCUAAAAUAAAUGCUAACUCUCUCUUGUCACAGCAAGAUAAAUGUUCUUCCUAAUGGACCUACAAACCAUAGAUUUAUUUGCCUAAAGAUAUUAACUCAACAGACAUUCCAAUACAAAUUGCUGUUAGUUCAAAUUCCCUAUUAUUUUUAUUAGUAAGACUCCUGGAGUCAUGUAGCUAAGGGAACCUGCACUGGUGUCCCAGAAAUAAAGAAUUGCCUUCAGCUGUUUGCUGGCAGAAUUUUCAAAUGAGCUUCACCGUAUUCAGUGCUGAACGAUAAGCAACCCAAUAGGCAAAAAAUAGUUCUGAAAAUCUAUUCUGGAAGGUUUGCAGUGGGAGAUGCUGAGUGGGAAAGUGUUUCUUCAGUGUGGCCCAUGUUUCUGUGCCUGAAGAGGAUCUGAGUACUUGUACUCAAAGAAUGGGUGUUCAUUACUUAAAAAACCUGUCCCUUAAGCUUUAAAACCUGUCCCUUAAGGAGGGAUCCCUCAAAACUUACUUCAGCUCUCCUAGAAAGAAUUUCUUGAUUACCUCAAGUUUAGUUCAUAUGCACAUUGGUUGUUUACUUCUAAUCUUUUCUUCCUUAGCCCAAUCCCCACCUUUAUCCAUGAAUAGGAAAGAGGGAAGAAAAAAAAGCUUUUGGGCAGAAGAAUGCUAGAAAAGAAUGCUGUUUUUAGAAAGUCAUAUAUUCAAAGACUAUAUUCAUGUCUGCAGUAUGACUGCACUCAGAGAAUUUGAGUUCUGCAGCCAGAAGGAAGCAUGUGUAUGCAUCCUGGGAUAUCUUUAAUUAGUUGGGGAAGUGAUAAAAGUGAACCUACAGUGGCACAGAUCCAGCCUCUUCCUAAAUCUUGGUAUUAUCGGUGGCAGUGUGCUGUUUAUAGCACAGCCUUUUGUUGCUGCAGCUUCACCGUUCUUAAUGCUCAGUCUAGGUAGAUUAAAGUUGCAUUCAGAUAUUUUGUUUUCAAAAAAAGGCUGACAAAGCCAAUGAGACUGCUUCCACGCAUGCAGGCUACACAAGAUUUAUAUUGGCUAUAUCUUGUUAAAAUACAUACUUAGUUUUACAGAUUGUUUGGAUCAUCCUGAACAUUAGUUACAUCUUUCUUAUUUAGAGAUAGGAGUGCAAUAUGAAGCACUGCUGCUGCAGUUAACUCUGCUAUUUUUAGCUAUUUUAGCACUAGAUCUUUUUCUUUUAGAACACAAAUUUUGCUUCACUGUUAACAAAUGAAACAGACUAAUGUGGGAUAGAUUAUCAAGUUGCCGAAGGUUAGCAUUUCUUCGUGUCACGCUUAAGAGUGACUGUGCUGCACUAAUUAAAAACAUUUCCAUGGCAAUUGCUAUAGAAACAUUUAAAUUGGCAUCAUCAGUAACAAAUCCGUGCUAUUGAUCCCAGCAAGGCUUAUUUCACACUACACCUGAAGAAUUUAAAUGGAAUAUUUUGCAUUCAAAAGGACUUCAAGAGAUAAAUUUUUUCCAGUUGUUACUGUGCUCAGGAGAAUAAUGUUUUUCAUACAGAGAUUAUUCAUUUACCCAGAGCUGUUGUCGGAUCCUGAUACCAAAGUCCUUACUGCAAGGAGAGACUGCAAUAGUUCUAUGCUACCACCACAUAUCCCUCAAACAAUACAAAAGAAAAAAUACUUAUUACCUCCACUCAGAUCCACUGUUUUGCAAAACGGGGAAGAAAAGCAGGUUCUCAAAAAUGUUUGGCAUUAACAUGUUUAACACAUUAAUGCCCCAGCUUAGGAGAAGUUUCCAAGAUAACUAGAAAGAAAACCAUUUUCUGUUGUUUGACAAAAACAAGAAGUUGACAUUUUACUGAUUAAAUGAUGGGAGCAGAAAUAAAGUGAGAAGAGAUUGCAUUUAGAAUAUUGAUUGAUUGCUUGGAAAAAAGAAAUUAUUCUCUAAAGAUCUUUGGCCCUCUUAGAGGAAAAAUCAAAUCACAUGUUUAUCAUAAUGUUCAGUAGACAAAUUGACCUAGAAUAAUAAGACUUUCUUUACAACUAAAAGGUCCAGUUAUGUCAAAAAUAAAAAGCAGGGAAACGUGGGCUGUAGCUUAAUUUUUUGUUUUUGUUCUUGAGUCAUUCUUCUUAACAUUAAUGAUGCUACCUUUUGACUAAGAGUAAACUCCUACUAAUUAUCAAGGAAAUCAGUAGAGGGCAGCGCUACACAGAAAACCACAUGUUUAAAGCAAUCUCAGUUUAACUUCUGCCCUGGCUGGGACAAAAUAUGGGAAACUAGAUUCCUUUGAGAAAAAGACUUCUGUGAAAAAUUGGUGUUUGCACAGAGAUAAUUUCUUCUUGCGGGGUCAGAACAUCUGUGCACGGUGCACCGAGUUCCUCUGAAUUGGAAAAGUUGGUCUUACUUUUCCAGACCAUACCAGAAUCUUUUGUUUCAGCAUUCAACUCCACCUACUGAGUCUACAGAGUGAAACUCCUGACCUGCUUGAUCAGCUAACUAUGGGACAAGAUGGAUAAGCCAAUGACAACCUUGAAGUAUUUCCCUGAGUACAAAGAAAGGAGUAGUAUAAACCUCUCCUGCAUUUAAAUGAAUAGGGCAAAUAGUGUUUGGACAGAAAGGAAUGAGGGCAAUUUCAGGAAAUUAAAAAUGUGCAGUUUUGAAAUAACAAAAAUCAAGUACUUGAAAUUUUAUUUACAUUUUAAAUUAUCACCAAACCGAACAUGCAAUCACACAUCUCUAGAAGGCCAAAUGAAAAUGUAUUGAUGUCACCCACCCUUCUCUGUUUGAAAAAAAAAAUACUAAAAUCAAAGUAGAUUAAAUCAUCUGAGUGUUAGAUUUGUCUAGGUUUUAAAUUAAGGACAUUUUGAUGCAAAAAUUUUAACUCUUUGGCAUUUUUAAUUACUUAUUUUUCACAGCAGUCUUUCAGGACUUAGAAGUUCUAGAAGAAUACUUUUAGUAUUUUUAGUAGCUUUAUAGAUUCAACUAUGCAAUAAAAUUUUACCAAAUAUGCACCCUAUUUUUAGGAAUUUUUGCUUGGUUUAUGGUUUGUUAUGUCUUACUGCAGAAAAGACAGUAGGGUCCAAGAAAUUAGAGAAAUAAAUCAGUCAUGACCUUUAAUAUAUAAAAACACCAUCUUUAUCAGAAUAGUUACAUUACAACACAUAGUUCAGAUCAAGGCAAAAGUAAUCAAAUCCAAAAUUUGAUUAAUAUGAACUUUUGACUAUUAUCAUUCAGAAUGUACAGAAGAGGAUUCUAGAGCUACGGUCCAAAUGCAAGAGCAAAUGAAAGAGCACUAUUUGAGGACAAAUUAAGCAAGAAUAUCUCCAGAAGAGAUAAGAGACCUCAGUAAGAGUCACUGGACAAAGCUGACUGUCUGAUUUCUGAAUACAGUAUUUCCAAAGGUUCCUGUUGCUGCCUAGUUUCAUUCUGCAAUACCUUAAGCAGGAUCUAAUUUACAAAGCAUGAGGCUCUUCAAUCUGCCUCAGAUGAUGCAGUGGAAAGGAUUUGAAGUACAAACAAUGGUGUCUUAUGCGCUACAUUAAUAAAUAGCUUUAUUCAGUGAUAAAACCUAUUUCAGUCUAGUAUUAUACAAGGAAUUCAAUUCAUCAAACUGAAACAUGGAUGGAAGAUUGGCUGACUUUGUUUUUUUUUUUUUUUUUCUUUUGAUCUGUAUCCAGUAAAUUUCAAUCACAAGACAGGAUCAUCAUGUUCUAAACAUGUUCUUCAGUUAAUGUCAAAUUUACUGGUAUUAAAUUAACCACAGGAGAGUUGCACUUUGCCCCUCUGCCUGCAGCAGUAACAUACUGAGCAUUACAAGGAAGAAAACUAGAAUUCAAAGAAAACACGCUCAUGAAGGUUUUUCUUACAAAAGGAAUAUAACAUUUGAAAAAUUUGUUCUGGUGAAUUAUUAGAGGAGUGGAGGCUAACAGCAUCUCUGGAAAUGAUGAGGACUCACUCCUUUCUGACAGUUUUGUUUUGGAGCUCUGUGUUUUAUGUGGUUCAUGUGAUGCCAUCCCAAAAAAGGACUAACAAGCACUCACACAGUGAAUGGAUAACAGGAUUGUCAGAGAAUGACGGAAAAACACUGCAUCGCACCAAGCGUGGUUGGAUGUGGAAUCAAUUUUUCUUGCUGGAGGAAUACACAGGUCCAGAUACUCAAUAUGUGGGCAAGCUACACACUGACCAAGAUAAAGGAGAUGGAAAUUUAAAAUACAUAUUAACGGGAGAUGGGGCUGGCAGUCUGUUCAUUAUAGAUGAAAAUACAGGAGAUAUUCAUGCUGCAAAGAAAUUGGACAGAGAAGAAAAGUCCCUGUACGUGCUACGUGCCAAGGCUAUAGACAGAAAAACUGGAAGACAAGUGGAGCCAGAGUCUGAAUUUAUCAUUAAAAUCCAUGAUAUCAAUGACAAUGAACCAAAAUUCACCAAGGACAUGUACACCGCCAGUAUUCCGGAGAUGUCUGGAGUUGGUACAUCUGUUAUUCAGGUGACAGCCACAGACGCUGAUGAUGCCAACUACGGGAACAGUGCCAAAGUGGUGUACAGCAUCCUCCAGGGACAGCCAUAUUUCUCAGUGGAUCCAGAUACAGGCAUAAUCAAGACUGCUUUACCAGACAUGAGCAGAGAAAACAGGGAGCAAUACCAAGUGGUCAUCCAGGCUAAAGACAUGGGAGGCCAGAUGGGAGGAUUAUCAGGGACCACCACCGUGAACAUCACACUGACCGAUGUCAACGACAAUCCACCUCGCUUCCCCCAGAGCUCCUACCAGUUCAGCUCUCCUGAAUCUGCACCACCUGGGACUCCUCUUGGCAGAAUUAAAGCCAAUGACCCCGAUGUGGGAGAAAAUGCAGAGAUUGAGUAUAGCAUCUCCAAUGGGGAUGGAUCAGAUAUGUUUGAUAUCAUCACUGACAAGGACACACAGGAAGGGAUUAUAACUGUCAAAAAGCAUCUGGAUUUUGAAAAAAAGGUGUUAUAUACCCUAAAAGUAGAAGCAAGAAACACUCAUCCUGAUCCUCGUUUUCUUCAGCUGGGGCCAUUCAAAGACACAGCUUUUGUCAAAAUUUCUGUUGAAGACAUUGAUGAACCUCCAGUGUUCAGCAGACCGUGGUAUUUAAUAGAGGUAGAUGAAGAUGCCAAGGAAGGAAGCAUUAUUGGGCAGGUUGUAGCCCAAGACCCAGAUAUAGCAAAGAAUGCAAUAAAAUAUUCUGUAGAUCGACACACUGACCUUGACAGAAUAUUCAACAUCUAUUCAGGAAAUGGAUCCCUAUUCCUCUCGAAGCCACUUGACCGAGAAGAAACUCCCUGGCACAACAUAACUGUCAUAGCAACUGAAAUCAAUAAUCCUAAACAAAGUAGCCAGAUACCUGUCUUCAUACGGAUUUUAGACAUAAAUGAUCAUGCACCAGAAUUUGCCAACUACUAUGAAACAUUUGUUUGUGAAAAUGCAAAAGCAGGACAGCUCAUCCAGACUGUGAGUGCAAUUGACAAAGAUCAGCCUCCUCGAGGACACAAAUUUUUCUUUGAGUUGGUGCCAGAAUUUGCUGUUCAUCCAAACUUCUCUGUGGUAGACAACAAAGAUAACACAGCAGGAAUUAUGACCAGAAGAAAUGGAUACAGCCGUAGUAAGACGAAUACCUAUCUUCUGCCAAUCAUUAUAUUUGACAACGACUACCCGAUCCAGAGCAGCACGGGCACGCUGACCAUCCGGGUGUGUGCCUGUGACAGCCGGGGGAACAUGCAGUCCUGCAGCGCCGAGGCCUUGCUGCUCCCUGCUGGCCUCAGCACGGGGGCACUGGUGGCCAUUCUCCUCUGCAUCAUUAUCCUGCUAAUAUUAGUUGUCUUGUUUACGGCUCUCAAGAGACAGAGGAAGAAAGAACCCUUGAUCAUCUCAAAAGAUGAUGUUCGGGACAACAUUGUGACUUACAAUGACGAAGGAGGUGGGGAAGAAGACACUCAGGCUUUUGACAUUGGCACACUGAGAAAUCCAGAAGCAAGGGAGGAAAGUAAGAUGAGAAGAGAUGUCAUCCCGGAAACUAUAUUUCAGAUAAGGCGGACUGCACCUCUUUGGGAAAAUAUCGAUGUCCAAGAUUUUAUUCAUAGAAGGUUAAAGGAAAAUGAUACAGACCCAGCUGCCCCUCCUUAUGAUUCAUUAGCAACAUAUGCCUAUGAAGGAAAUGAUUCCAUAGCAAAUUCACUCAGCUCCCUGGAAUCACUUACCACAGAAGGCAACCAAGACUAUGAUUACCUCAGCGACUGGGGACCUCGGUUUAAAAAACUAGCAGAUAUGUAUGGUGGAGAGGACAGCGAUCGAGAUUGAGAAAGUAAUCUGUGAACUGGUCAGUGUUAGUGGAAUUCAUGUCUAUGUUCCUAGAUAAAUAAAGUGGCCUACUCUCUUACUUGGAAAUAAAAAAAUUUACAAAAAAUAGGUGUUGUCUUAGUAAGGGUUUGCUUAAUCAAUAAGUCAACGUGAAUGAAUAUGAAUGAUUGAGAUUUUAAAAAACACUAUAACCAACCUUCUAUGCCUAGAAACCUCUGAUGAAAGGGUUUUAUAGGGAAUGAAAAGACAAUAAAAGGCUUUUUGUGCCUUUGAUAAUUACAUGGAAACUCCAUUUUUUUAAAUUGCUUCGCUUUACAUUUCCUACUAUGUUGGAUGUGCAUCUGCAUUGUAACCCAAUCUCAAAAAUAUACUUUAAAAAUAUUAAUAUUAUUGCCAUAUUUAUUGAGUUAAAAUGUAUGUGUGUUGAUUCAUCCUGAUAUUUUUAUAUAUGUAU